AUGGAAACUCAGUUUGGCUUCAGACGGGAAAGAGGAUGCAAUGAUGGCAUAUAUGUAACGAAACAACUACAAGAAAUAGCAAAUCUUAGUCAGCGAAGGCUAUUCACCUGCUAUGUCGACCUCUCUGCUGCUUUCGACCAUGUCAAUCAAAGUUUUUUGUUUCAAUCGAUUAGGAACAGGAUCCCGUACGGCGAGCAGACAGAUAACAUAGACGUUAUUGAAGGUUCGUAUGCUCACACAGAAGCGUAUUUAGCUAACACCGAGCCAUCCACCAACAGAGAACAACGUAGACGAGAGCCAAUGAACGGCACAUUUGAAGAUUCUAAAGGUGGGUAUGCAGACGAUAUUGGCAUACAUAGUUGGUCAAAAGAUGGGCUUCAGUCUAUAGUAAACAUCCUAUUCGAAGUUCUUGCAGAAUUCGGUCUUACCAUGAACGUUAACAAAACGGAAACCAUGGUUUGGAACUGGUCAUUGGAAAGAUACGGUCCAUACCCUAGUCAUCUAAUCAAAGUAAACGACAUAUGGAUCAUCAACUCUAAGAUAUUUAAAUACCUUGGUGUAUGGAACACCUACGAUGAUAUACCUAUUGGGAAUAGGGAGAUGGAUCAUAGGAUCAGCAGUGCUAGAGCAUCCUUUGCAAAGCACCGCAAGAUGCUAUGCAACAAGAGCAUUGCAUUGUCAACCAGAGUCACCUUCCUCAACGGCCUCGUUAGAUCAAGACUGACCUACGGGUGUCACUCAUGGAGACCACUCCAAAGUGAACUUAACAAGCUCAACUUUACAUAUAACUACUUUCUAAGGUCUAUAAUAGUUAACGGGUUCGAAAGACAAAGAUCUCCAGUAGCAGCAUGUCGUGUGCCCAGUAUCGAUGAAGAGGAAGAUGAACGAGUGGAGAAAGAACCUGACGACGAUGCCGACUGGUCAUUUAAAAUAAACAACAAGAAACUUUUCUCAAUUGUAAAGACCAUUUCUAUACAAGACUUUUACAGCCAACAACAAGUAAACUGGAUCGCUCAUGUUAUAAGACGUGAAAACUCAAAUCCAUGUAAAAAGCUUACAUUUCAAUGGACAAAAGUAAGUAAACGUGGUAGAAAAAACUCAUCAAUUAUUGAGAGAGCCACAGCUUUUAGUGGACUCUCAAGAAAUCAAUUCAUCAGAGACUGUUUUCUAAAACGUAAGUUUUAA